GCCCUCCAACCUCGUCGCAGCCCCUUCUGGGACCCACUUCCGGCGAAGAGCGGAAGAGGCGGGCAGGUGGAGGCGGGGUUAAGAUGGCGGCGCCUUUGAGGAUUCAGAGCGACUGGGCCCAAGCCCUCAGGAAGGAUGAAGGGGAAGCCUGGCUGAGUUGUCACCCCCCAGGGAAACCAACUUUGUAUGGUAGCCUGACUUGUCAAGGAAUUGGCCUCGAUGGCAUCCCAGAAGUUACAGCUUCAGAAGGAUUUAUUGUGAAUGAAAUAAAUAAGAAAAGCAUUCAUAUUUCUUGUCCGGAGGAAAACGCAUCCUCGAAGUUUUUGGCACCAUACACUACUUUUUCCAGAAUUCAUUCCAAGAGUAUAACGUGCCUGGACAUUUCCAGUGGAGGCGGCCUUGGUGUGUCUUCUAGUGCUGAUGGGAGCAUGAAGAUUUGGCAGGCUUCCAAUGGCGAGCUCAGAAGAGUAUUGGAAGGACAUGUGUUUGAUGUGAAUUGUUGCAGGUUUUUCCCAUCAGGCCUUGUGGUUCUGAGUGGGGGAAUGGAUGCCCAGUUGAAGAUCUGGUCAGCUGAAGAUGCUAGCUGUGUGGUGACCUUCAAAGGUCACAAAGGAGGUAUUCUGGAUACAGCCAUUGUUGAUCGGGGCAGGAAUGUGGUGUCUGGUUCUCGAGACGGAACAGCACGACUUUGGGAUUGUGGGCGCUCAGCCUGCCUGGGAGUCAUUGCAGACUGUGGUUCUUCCAUCAAUGGAAUGGCUGUGGGUGCUGCUGACAACUCCAUAAAUCUUGGCUCCCCUGAGCAGAUGCCCAGUGAACGGGAGGUUGGAACAGAGUCGAAAAUGCUGCUGUUGGCACGGGAAGAUAAGAAACUUCAGUGCUUGGGACUGCAGAGCAGGCAGCCGGUGUUCCUCUUUGUUGGCUCAGAUGCCUUCAACUGCUGCACUUUUCUCUCUGGCUUCUUGUUAUUGGCUGGGACACAAGAUGGAAACAUUUAUCAGCUGGACGUGAGGAGUCCGAGGGUUCCAGUACAAGUCAUCCACAGGUCAGGAGCACCGGUUCUGUCCCUGCUAAGUUUCAGAGAUGGAUUCAUUGCUAGUCAAGGUGAUGGAAGCUGUUUCAUUGUCCAGCAAGACCUAGACUAUCUCAUUGAGCUCACUGGGGCUGACUGUGACCCUGUGUACAAGGUAGCUACAUGGGAGAAGCAGAUCUACACAUGCUGUCGAGAUGGUAUUGUGCGACGCUAUCAGCUCUCUGAUCUCUGACUCCUUGGAAAGAGGAGUCCCAGUUAAUGAAAAAGAUUGGCCCUAGUUGACAAAGAGAAUAGUCAUUAGUCCUUCUCAAGGACCAUGGACCUUUAUUGUCUUGGGCACCCUUGGGAAGUCACAGAAAGUCAGCUACAUUGGCCCAUGGAAUAUGGAAUAUCAUUCCAUGAUAAAACCAACUGUGAACUAAGUAAGAAGCUCACAUAUGUUGCAUAUAUAAACUCACCCCCAACAACGCAGGGCAAGGGUAUGGAUGCUUACAGUUUGCUCUUAACACCAUUUGUGUUAAUUGUUUACAGUGACCAGAGGACUAAAGCCUGUUCUCUGAAGGAAAUAAAGAGAAUGUGUUUGAAGGA